AGUGCCGGUCGGUCACGUGGGCGGCGAUGGCGGCGCCGGAGCUUCGCGUGAACGCGGCGUUCGCGGAGCGGUACCGGCGGUACCGGCGGAGGGAGGAGCUGCAGCGGCUGCGGGAUCGAUAUGGGGACAGCGGGGACAGCGACAGUGACAGCGACAGCUCCGAGUCCAGCGGGGACGACGUGGCCCUGGACCCCCGGCAGGAGCGGGAAUUCUACCGGACCCUGGCGCUGCUGAAGACCCGGGACCCCCGGAUCUACCAGAAGGACACCACGUUCUACACCCAGCCAGAGUCCUCGGGGAGCGGCGAGGAGGAGGAGGAGGAGGAGGAGGAGGAGGAAGAGGAGGAGCGCCCGGCCAAGCCCAUGUUCCUGAAGGAUUACGAGAGGAAGGUGGUGCUGGAGAAGGAGGGCAAAUACGUGGAUGAGGAAGAUGAGGAGGAUGAAGAGGCAGCGGCCAAGAGGAGGAAGGUCGAGUCUUCCCGGAGUUACGUGGAGGAGCAGCGGGCACUGAAGGAGAGCUUCAAAGCCUUCAUGGCCGACAGUGAGGAGGAGGAGGAGGAGGAGGAGGGAGGGGGGGGCUCGGCCCUGCUCCGACCCCGCAGCCACAGCAGGGAGGAGAAGGAGCAGGAGGAGGAGGAGUACAUCCGCUGGCUGCGGGGGCAGGGCGAGGCCCCCCCGGAGCCGCUGCAGGACCUGGAGCCCCUGCAGCGGUUCUGGUCGGACCCGGCGCUGGAGCCGGGCGAGCGAUUCCUGCGGGAUUAUCUCCUGGGACAGGGAUUCCGGGAGGAGGAGGAGGAGGAGGAUGGAGGGGCGUCCCCCCCCUCCCUGCCCGACUCCUCGGACGAGGGGGAGCAGUUCCUGCAGCGGCAGCAGGAAUUCGAGAGGAGACACAACUUCCGCUUCGAGGAGCCAGAGUCGGGGCAGGUGCAAACCUUCCCCCGCCACAUCCCCACGUCGGUUCGGCGCCGGGACGAGCGGCGCAAGGAGAAGCGGGAGCAGCUCCGGGAGAGGAAGAAGAAGGAGCGGGCUCGGCGCAGGGAGGAGCUGAAGCAGCUGAAGAACCUGAAGCGUCAGGAAUUGGCCGCCCGGCUCGCCCGGAUCCGCGACGCCUCCGGCUCCGACGCCUUCGGCCUCACGGACUCGCUGCUCCAGGAGGACUUUGACCCCGCCCACCACGACCAGCUCAUGGCCGAAUGGUUCGGGGAGGAAUAUUACGGGCGGGGGGAGGAGGAGAAGCCGCAGUUCGAGGAGGAGGAAGGGCUGGAAGACGACUGGAACUGGGACGCCUGGACGGGGCGGGAGGAGGGGGGGGCUGAGUCGGAGCCCCACUGUGAGGACCCCGACUUUGUGAUGGAUGCCGAUUACACCCCCGGGGCCCCCCCGGCCCGGCCCCGCCCCGAGGUGUCUUUGGGGAAGAGGCGCCGGAAAACGAAAUUCCGGGAGGCCCUGGAGAGGGAGAAGCCCCUGUUUGACCCCGCCUCGGGCCCCUUCGAGCGGUACCUGGAGGAGUUUUACGGCCUCGACUUCGAGGACAUGAUCGGGGACCUCCCCUGUCGCUUCAAGUACCGCCAGGUCGUGCCCUGCGACUUCGGCCUCACCACGGACGAGAUCCUGGCGGCCGACGACAAGGAGCUGAACCGCUGGUGCUCCCUGCGCAAGACCUGCAUGUACCGCUCGGAGCAGGAGGAGCGGCAGGACCAGGCCAACUACAGCCGGCGGGCGCAGAACGUGGGCAGGAAGCACCAGAUCCUGAGAUCCCUCGUGGCCGACCCUGAGGAGCCGCAGCCGCCGGCGGCGAAGCCGAAACCGGGGAAGAAGCGUCGGGAGAAGCGGAAACGUCUGGAGGAGGCGGGAGAAGGGGAGACUCCCCAGGCCCCCCCUCCCGCGGCCCCCCCAAAGCCUGGGGGUCCCCGGCGCCGGGGGGGGCCCCCCCUGGGCCCGUCCGUGCGUUUGGGGGGCCGGGAAUUCAGCGGGAAGAGGUUGGAAGCCUUCGGCCUCAACCCCCGCCGGCUCCGGUUCCGGCAGCUCCGGCGGCGGCAGCGGCACAAGGAAGGGGGGGUGGGCAAAGCUGGGGGGGGGGAAACCCCCGGAGAAAGGCUGGAAAAACAGCGGGAUGAACGGAAAAAGCCCGGAAGCCGACGGGAAAAAGCAGAAGCGCAGGAAAAACACCUGAAUUCCCCUCGGAAAAACACCCGAAAGCCGUCGGAGAAACACGUGAAAGCCCUGGAAAAACACACGGAUUCCCUGGAAAAACAGCCCUGAAACCCCCGGGAAAAACAGCGGAACCCGUGGAAAAACACCAGAAACCCCUGGAAAAGAGUGGAACCGUCCCGGAAAAACACGGCAAGAGCCUGGAAAACCAGGAGAAGCCUCUGGAAGAGCCCAGGAAGGCUCCGGGACGCCGCGCUCCGUUCAGGUUCACUUUAUUUGGGAUGGGGGGGACGUGGCUGGGGGGGGGUCCUGAGAGGAGCAAUAAAUAACCCCCCCACACACCC